GAAUUUGACGAGUCUCAUCCUCCGAAAUUUCAACGACUUCCGAACAACGACCACCGGAGCCCACGUUGAUCGCAAGCAGACACAAUGGCGAUCAAGCACAACCAGACGAUCAUCAGCAACCAUUUCCGCAAGGAUUGGCAGCGCCGGGUUCGCACCCACUUUGACCAGCCCGGUCGCAAGACACGGAGACGUACUGCUCGUCAGGCCAAGGCUGCUGCUCUCGCUCCUCGUCCCGUCGACAAGCUGCGACCUAUCGUCCGAUGCCCUACCGUUAAGUACAACCGACGGGUUCGUGCCGGUCGAGGUUUCACCCUCACCGAGCUCAAGGAGGCCGGUAUCUCCAAGUCCCUGGCUCCCACCAUCGGUAUCUCCGUCGAUUUCCGCCGACAGAACCUGAGCGAGGAGAGCCUUGCCGCCAACGUUGCCCGCCUCAAGGCCUACAAGGAGCGCCUCAUCCUCCUGCCCCGCAAGUCCAACGCCCCCAAGAAGGGUGACACCAAGACCGACGUCGCCUCCCUCGACAAGGUCGCCUCCAUCGCCGCUGCCCUGCCCAUCGCCUCCGUCUCUGCUGGCUUCUCCGAGAUCAAGAAGAGCGAGAUCCCCGCCGCUGUCGAGGGUGGUGCCUACACCAAGCUUCGCAUUGCCCGAAGCAACGCCAGAUACCAGGGUGCCCGUGAGAAGCGUGCUCGGGACAAGGCUGAGGCCGAGACUGCCAAGAAAUAAACUUUGUCAAAAAGGGAACUGGUGUUUUAAGGGUUUUUUGCUCUUUGCGUCUCUACGGGAGUGUUGCAAGGUCGGUUUCGAGGCUUUGAUGAAAGUGCUAGGCCAGGUUACGGGAGGAAAUAUAAGCUCUUAGGUCCAGGUCAAAGAAUUAUUUGCAUGAUCAACCGGCCCUGCCCUGUAUACA